GCCGGCAUUCGGCAAUGCGGAGUCAGUGUUGGUCCGCCGUCUGUUCUGUUGGUUCGCGUCGUUUUAUCUUCCGCCGCUGCCGCUCGGAAAGUACGUGCGUUUUUCCGCGAGCUUUUCGCGUGUAUAACCGUCGGUGAUCGGCACUCGUUUUUCUGGCCGCGUCGUGUUUGGUGUUGAGCUUGCGAGUGUCAUCGCCGUCUGUUUGUCGAUUAUGAGUUAGACGAUUAUAAUAUUAUUUUGAUCGUCGGGGGAAAAAUAAAUCGAUUUUUUAUCAGAAAUAAAAACUGACUUGGUCGUCGUCGUGUGUGUUUGUGACGCGUUUCUCUAAAUGUGAUACCGGUCGAAGAAGUCUGACUACUAUACCUACCCGGAACGGCUACGCCAAUCAUGACGUCCCGGUGCCGACUGCAAGUGCUGUGGACACUUUACUUGAUCGUCUAUAAUGCAUUUUGCCUCAGACUCACGGAGUUGAAAAUCGAGGAACAUACUCUCGUGGGAAACAGCACAAGACUAGAGUGCAAAUAUGACCUACAGGGUGAAAAAUUGUACACUGUAAAAUGGUACAAAGAUGGGAACGAGUUUUAUAGAUUCCUGCCCGGGGAAUCUCCAGAAGUACAAGUAUUUGAUGUUACGGGAGUGCACGUUGAUGAGAAACAGUCGACUGCAGAGAGCGUUGUUUUGAGGCCCCUGGAAUUGGCGAGUAGCGGCAAAUACCGUUGUGAAGUCUCAGCUGAAGCGCCGUCGUUCCAAACGGUCACCAAUCACAGCUCUAUGCUUACAGUUGCUCCACCCGACGAAGGACCUCGCAUAUCCGGCGGCCAAGAUCGGUACAAACCGGGCGACACUGUCAACGUGAACUGCACCUCUGGGAGAUCAAAACCCGCCGUACAGCUGGCCUGGUACAUCAACGGCGAACAGGUAAACUCUUCGUAUCUGCGGGGCCCGUACACGGAUUACGUCGGUCGCGAGGGGCUGAUGGUCACUACUCUGGGCCUCAAGUUCGAGGCUGGAAUGCAGCACUUCCGGUUGCCAGGAUCUGGUGGCCACCUGCAGCACCGGAACAGGCUCGACCGGGACAUGAAACUCAAAUGCGUGGCCACACUGGGCACUGUAUACUGGAAGUCGAAGGAGCAGAGCGCGCUGGCGCACCGGCCGCGGCCCGUCCCUGGACUACCAUUGCCGGCUGCCGAUGAUGGAUUGGUAGGGGGUGACGAACAAGACGCUGACUCCAGGGCUGAUCCGGUUCACGCAUCGAGCAACUCGCCUUCCAUGAACAUUGCUCAAUCACUGAACAUCAACGAGAUCGCGGUCUACGUGUCAGCAUCACUGUUUAUAGUACUUCUACGGUAGCGAUUGACCGCAACCUAAUCAAUGUCACAGACCUAUUAUGUGACAACGAUUUUUCAACAAUAAUGAUAAUAUUUAAAAAAAAUUAAUAUAAAAAAAAAUUAGUAAAAAAAAAAAAGAAGAAAAAAAUGAACAAUUUUAAGUCAUAAGUUAACUUUAGUUUUUGAAAUGUUAAUAAGUACCUAAGACUUUUCUGUGUUUUUAAAAAAUCAGUCUCCCAAUGCGGGGCAUGUAUAUUGUUUUAUAAUUUGACACCAUUAUCCUACGUUUUGUUACAUUUCGUUGUAAUCUAUUACAUUGUAAACUUUGAAAAAAAAUUUUCAAUCAUUGUUAAAUAAUUAUUAUUAUUUACUAUUUUAUUGUAAUAUAUUUUUAUUAAAUUUGUAUUUAUAAAAAUUGUUUAGUGUUUGAAUACAAUAUCAUGUACAUAGGCAAAUUAUAUUAUAUACCUACGGAUAGAGCGUGGUCCGAUGUCUAUAUUGAUUCUCGUAAAUAAUAUCGCCGGCUGUAUAUAUAUUAUAAUACAUAUUAUUUAAGUACCUAUAAUAUUGUUAUAUUAUCAUGAUAAAUAAUAUGCUAGUCACCGCUUGAAAAUAUGCUAACACCCUGUAGUUAAAAAUCUUUAAUAAUAUUAUAUUAUACUAUAUUGUACCUUUGGAAAUAUAUAUCAUGUAUAAC